GAACAGCUCAUACGAAUACGGUGCUACGAUGGAGUGUCGCGAGAACGGUGUCCUGCGUGGGGCCAUCAAACACCCCAAUCGAGGCUGUCUCCUGGACGGAGUUCCGCCUUCAGCUCCACCGGAUGUACCACCGCGCAAUCCAACCAUGAAUCGAAUGAAUGGACGCGUCACCGGCAAUCCUACCGAGCUGGGUGUAGACUUCGAACCGUCGUGUCUGGUCCGGACGCCGUCCGGCAACGUUUACAUUCCGAGCGGAAAUCUAGCAAUUAACAACAAAGGAUCACCGAUCGACUACAAAACCGGCUCGGCCUGCUCGACGCCGACGAAGGACACGCUGAAGAGCUACGAUCGCAACUGCAUGGGACCGGUACUGCCGCCCCGCAGCACCAUGUGCGGCCCGCCGUCGCACCACUACUCGGCGCCGCUCAACUUCCGCAAGGGCUUCACCUUCACCAAAUGUACAUGGAAGUGUACGGCUAUCCUAGUGAUACUAUUAAGUGUUAUACUCGUUAUAACAUUAUUAUUAACAGCAUCUAACGUUUUAAGUAUAUCAUAUCCAACCACCAACCCGUGUACAGUUCUAGUCGACGAGAAGGCAGAGAUCUCUGCAGCCAAAAGCACGAUAGCGGACGCGAACCGGGCCGGCAUACCGGGUGGUGGUGGCGAUGGGCUCGGUCUCGAUCCCUCGUCCGCCCUGUCGCCGGUCGCUUCCGGUCGGCUGAAACCGACCACCGUGGACGACUCGCAGGCGGCACCUUCGUCUUCAUCGGCCGGCGGUGCGGCUUCGUCGGGAACAUCGGGACUUUCGUCGGCGUCUGCCGCCUCGACGGCGAAGGCGUCACCCGGAGCAUCCGGCGCAGGCACAGGUACAGUAGAGAGCGCGGGCGGACGCACGGUUGACGCACACUUACGUUCGCCAGAGUUGUUGCACGUAGCUGUUGUUGGUAGCACUCUAACCGUAGUUGGGCAAGGGCACGGUAGGGGUGGGAUGGUGGUAGCGGGUGGUAGUGUAGUGCAUGGUAAACGACGCGCACGUCGGGAGGCCUCCGGAACUGACACCGGUGGUCGUGCGGAUGACCGCACGUACGAUGAAAGCGCUGAUGAUAACGGUUUGUUGCAUGAAGAUGACGAUGAUGGUCCGGUGGUGGUUGAUGCGGUGUCCCAGCGUAGUCCAUCGUUGGCCGCCAUCGGUGACGAACGUGGUGAGGGUGUUCCUUCGACUCCACAACCUUCCGAUUAUGAACAUCAGCGAGAAACUGUUGACAGUGUGGAGGAUAACGAUGGUCAGCCAGCUGGAAGAAGGCGGCCUGCGAGUCCACUUCCUUCAGAACGCGCAACACCGAAUGACGCAGCGUUCGCUGAGGCCGUGGUGCGAGAUGGGGUUGGUAUUUUUAUCACUAAUGAUAAUGGCCUACGGUUCCGGGAAGAAAGUUCUUCCCCCCUGCCAGGGUCGUUCGAAGAUGUGCCGCAAUCGACAACGGUCUCGGAGAAGGAAGACAUCAACGGUGAGGAUGAGAAAUGGGCCCACGAUGACCCGUCAGUUCACGAGCCGGAAUACAUCGUGCACAUCCCGCACGACCAGCCCGAGGUCGCGCUGGUAAGCCUAGAGGAUGGACUACCGCUACAGCCGGGUGGGGAACGUGACAAACACUACUACAAAACCGUCGAACAGGUACCGGAGGUGCGCGAGGUGACUCCACCGCCGGUGGAAGUGGUAAGAAUCCACACGCUUCCACCUCCGCACGUCGCGCAAUCGGCUCCCGCCGUCCCCGUCUAUCUGAUCCGCGAGGUAAACGGCACGUCAUCGUCACCCAACCACGACUCCGAGGGUGAACCUGCCGACGAGGACAUCCCAGAGCUUCCCCGACUGCUGGUGAACAUUUCCAUCGCGUCCGAUCAUGGGUCUGGGACGGUGCAGCAUUCCGUGUACGUGCUGCAGGUGUCCAUCCCGACGCCCCCCGAGUACAUACCGAAGCCGGCCAACUUCGAGCAGUGCCCACCGGAACCACCGCCAGCUCCGCCCUGUCCCAUUAAGUGUCCGACCGAUUCGCAGUUCGCGCGCUAUCGCAUCGUCGACAUUCACGACGACGACGAGCCGGGAAGUGAAGAUACGGACGAGUCCUUGGUGGCACCCGAGUCGGAAAGCUCGACCGAGUUCGCGGCAAUGCCGGUGGUCGCCCGCGUUGGUGGUGGUAUGACGCAGGAAUUCACCACCGAACGGCGGGAGUUGGCCGCAGACCCACAGGAACCCACGUCCUCCCCCGUGGGUGCAUUGCAAUGUCCUGAGGUAGCGCAGCCGGCACCCAUUCUCAUCCUGGAAGGUGCGCGCACAUUCCCGGCCCGAAGUUUCCCACCGGACGGUACCACCUUCUCCCAGAUCACGCUCGGCCAGCGGCUGUCGAAGGAGAUACCGCCGUACAGCUACUGGAACAUGCAGUUCUACCAGUCGGAGCCGGCGUACGUCAAGUUCGAUUACAGCAUCCCCCGGGGCGCCUCGAUAGGUGUUUACGCGCGCCGCAACGCCCUCCCGACGCACACCCAGUACCACUUCAAGGAGGUCCUGAGCGGAUUCAAUGCGCGCCAGACACGUGCCACUCACCCUUCGAUGCGUCGCGAAGUGACGCGCUACAUGGAACCGGGCCACUGGUUCCUGUCGAUCUACAACGACGACGGUGACGCACAGGAGAUCGGUUUCUACGCCCUGGUCGCCGAGGAUAUGACCCAGAACUGCCCGAACGGCUGCUCCGGCAAUGGUCAGUGCCUGUUGGGACACUGCCAGUGCAAUCCCGGCUUCGGUGGAGACGACUGCAGUGAGAGUGUCUGCCCAGUGCUGUGCUCGCAGCGUGGGGAAUACAUCAACGGCGAGUGUCAGUGCAAUCCGGGCUGGAAGGGCAAGGAGUGCUCGCUGCGCCACGACGAGUGCGAAGUCCCGGACUGCCACGGUCACGGGCACUGCGUCAGCGGAAAGUGUGCGUGCGUACGAGGCUACAAGGGCAAAUACUGCGAAGAAGUGGACUGUCCGCAUCCGACCUGCACGGGCCAUGGUUACUGCGCCGAAGGUACCUGCAUCUGCAAGAAGGGCUGGAAGGGACCGGACUGUGCGGCGAUGGACCAGGAUGCGUUGCAGUGCCUGCCGGACUGCUCCGGUCACGGUACGUUCGAUCUGGACACGCAGACGUGCACCUGCGAGCCGAAGUGGAGCGGUGAGGACUGCUCGAAGGAGCUGUGCGAUCUGAACUGCGGCCAGCACGGACGGUGCGUCGGCGAGACGUGCAGCUGUGAGGCGGGCUGGGGUGGCGAGUACUGCAACAACAAGCUGUGCGAUCCACGCUGCAACGAGCAUGGCCAGUGCAAGAACGGAACCUGCCUGUGUGUGACCGGAUGGAAUGGAAAGCAUUGUACCCUGGAGGGUUGUCCUAGCGGUUGCUCCCAACACGGCCAGUGUCACGUGAGCGGUGAGAUGAUGUGGGAAUGCCGCUGCUACGAGGGCUGGGACGGUGUGGACUGUUCGGUACCGCUCGAGCAAAACUGUGGCGACAACAAGGACAACGAUCGUGAUGGUCUCGUCGACUGCGAAGAUCCGGAAUGCUGCGGCAGCCACUCGUGCAAGACGAGCCAGCUGUGCGUGUCGGCCCCGAAACCGAUCGACGUGCUACUACGCAAGCAACCGCCCGCCAUUACGGCGUCCUUCUUCGAGCGCAUGAAGUUCCUGAUCGACGAGGGCAGCCUGCAGAACUACGCCAAGCUGGAAACGUUCAACGAAAGCAUUUUUUGGAACCAUUUUAAUGCAAGCCGAUCGGCGGUCAUCCGUGGCCGUGUGGUGACCUCGCUCAACAUGGGACUGGUUGGGGUGCGCGUGAGCACCUCGACGCCGCUGGAAGGAUUUACGCUGACCCGAGACGACGGGUGGUUCGAUCUGAUGGUGAACGGAGGCGGUGCGAUAACGCUGCAGUUUGGCCGCUCGCCGUUCCGACCGCAGGCACGCAUCGUGCAGGUGCCCUGGAACGAGGUGGUCAUCAUCGACACGGUGGUGAUGUCGACGUCGGACGACAAGUCGCACCAUGGACCGGCGCAUACCUGCUUCUCGCAUGACUACGACCUGAUGAAGCCGGUCGUGCUGGCUACGUGGAAGCAUGGUUUCCAGGGCGCUUGUCCGGACCGGAGUGCCAUCCUGGCGGAGUCGCAGGUGAUCCAGGAGUCGCUCGCUAUCCCUGGGACGGGGCUGAACCUGGUGUACCAUAGUUCGCGGGCCGCCGGCUACCUGUCGACGAUCAAGCUGCAGCUGACUCCGGACACGAUCCCGCCGACGCUGAAGCUGAUCUACCUGCGCAUCACGAUCGAGGGCAUCCUGUUCGAGCGGAUGUUCGAGGCCGAUCCGGGCAUCAAGUUCACCUACCCGUGGAACCGGCUGAACAUCUACCGGCAGCGCGUGUACGGCAUCACGACGGCGGUGGUGAAGGUGGGCUAUCAGUACACCGACUGCAAGGACACCGUGUGGGACGUGCAGACGACGAAGCUGAGCGGACACGACAUGAGCAUCUCGGAGGUGGGCGGCUGGAAUCUGGACAUCCACCACCGGUACAACUUCCACGAGGGCAUCCUGCAGAAGGGCGACGGGUCGAACAUCUAUCUGAAGCACAAACCGCGUGUCAUCCUAACCGCCAUGGGUGAUGGGCAUCAGAGGCCGCUCGAGUGUGGCGAUUGCAAUGGCAUCGCGACCAAGCAGCGACUCCUAGCACCGGUGGCGUUGGCCGCCGCCCCCGAUGGUAGUCUGUACGUGGGCGACUUCAACUACAUCCGACGAAUCAUGAUCGACGGGACGGUGAGGACGGUGGUGAAGCUGAACGCGACGCGUGUCUCCUACCGCUACCAUAUGGCGCUGAGCCCGCUGGAUGGGUCGCUGUACGUGUCCGAUCCGGAGUCACAUCAGAUCAUCCGUGUUCGCAACGCCGACGAGUCGCACGAUCCCGACCACAACUGGGAACCGAUCGUGGGAAGUGGCGAACGUUGUCUGCCGGGCGACGAGGCACACUGCGGCGAUGGAGGGUUGGCGCGGGAUGCGAAGCUCGCGUACCCGAAGGGGGUCGCCAUAUCGUCGGACAACAUCCUCUACUUUGCCGACGGGACGAACAUCCGGAUGGUCGAUCGGGACGGUGUCAUCAGUACGCUCAUUGGGAAUCACAUGCACAAGUCGCACUGGAAGCCAGUACCGUGCGAGGGCACGCUGAAGAUCGAGGAGAUGCACCUGCGCUGGCCGACGGAGCUGACGAUCAAUCCGCUCGACGACACGCUGCACAUCAUCGACGAUCAUAUGAUCUUGCGUAUGACACCUGAUGGACGAGUGCGGGUGAUCGCUGGACGUCCCAUGCAUUGUGCCACCGGAGCUGGUGGGGGUUCCUCCUCGGUGUCCUCCUCGUCGUCGGCCGUCAGCGCGGGAGGAAGUGGUAGCUCGGUGGCGAUGAACUACGACACCGAUCUCGCCAUCCACGCGACGCUCGUGAUGCCCCAAAGUAUCGCCUUCGCACCGUCCGGGGAUCUGUACGUGGCGGAAAGCGACUCGCAGCGGAUCAACCGCAUCCGGGUGAUCGGAACCGAUGGGAAGAUCGCACCGUACGCCGGGGCCGAGUCGAAGUGCAACUGCCUGGAGCGCGGCUGCGAUUGCUACGAAGCGGACCACUAUCUCGCGAUCAGCGCCAAGUUCAACACGAUCUCCGCGAUCACGGUCACGCCCGACGGGCACGUGCACAUCGCCGACCAGGCCAACUAUCGCAUCCGGUCGGUGAUCUCGAGCCUGCCGGAGGCGGGCACGUCGAAGGAGUACGAGAUCUACGCCCCGAACGCACAGGAGAUCUACGUGUUCAACCGGUUCGGGCAGCACAUCGCGACGAAGAACAUCAUGACGGGCGAGACGGUGUACAGCUUCCUGUACAACGUCAACACGUCGAACGGCAAGCUGAGCACGGUGACGGACGCGGCCGGCAACAAGGUGUUCCUGCUGCGCGACUACACCUCGCAGGUGAACUCGAUCGAGAACACCAAGGGCCAGAAGUGUCGCCUCCGGAUGACGCGCAUGAAGAUGCUGCACGAGCUGAACACGCCGGACAACUACAACGUGACGUUCGAGUACCACGGGCCGACGGGGCUGCUGAAGACGAAGCUUGACUCGACCGGCCGCUCGUACGUGUACAACUACGACGAGUUUGGGCGGCUCACGUCCGCCGUCACCCCGACCGGCAAGGUGAUCGACCUGACGUUCGACCUGAGCGUGCAGGGUGCGACGGUGAAGGUGACCGAGAACUCGCAGCGCGAGGUGUCGAUGCUCAUCCAGGGUUCGUCCGUCGUGUCGAAGGUCGGUGAGGCGGCUACCAAAACCACCGUUCUGCUGGAUGGCGGUACCACGAGUGUUUCCCCCUGGGGAAAUACCGUCUCGGUCGAGUCGGUGCCGUACGUGCUGCUGGCCGAGCUGGAUCCACUGCUCGGGGAAAGCUACCCGGUGCCGUCGAAGCAGCGUACCGAAAUCAACGGGGAUCUCUCGAACCGGUUCGAGUGGCGCUACUUCAUCCGCCACGUGCCGAUGCGGGGCAAGAACGCACGCACGCUCACGCAGGUCGGGCGGAAGUUGCGCGUGAACGGCGAGAACCUGCUCACGUUCGAGUACGAGAAGGACACGUCGUCGAUCACGGUGUCGGUGGACGACAAGACGGAGCUGCUGAACGUGACGUACGAUAAGUCGUCGCGCCCGAUCGCCUACCGGCCGCAGUCUGGAGAGUACGCCGACGUAGACCUGGAGUACGAUCGCUUCGGGCGGCUGACGUCGUGGAAGUGGGGCAACCUGAAGGAGGAGUACACGUUCGAUCGGGCCGGGCGUCUGAACGAGAUCAAGUACGGUGACGGUAGCUCGAUCGUGUACGCGUUCAAGGACAUGUUCAGCAGUCUCCCGCUGAAGGUGACAACGCCACGCAGGUCGGACUAUCUCCUGCAGUACGAUGACGCUGGCGCACUGCAGUCGCUGACAACCCCUCGGGGACACAUCCAUGCGUUCUCGCUGCAGACAUCGCUCGGGUUCUUCAAGUACCAGUACUUCUCCCCGAUCAACCGCCAUCCGUUCGAGAUCCUGUACAACGACGAGGGGCAGAUACUGGCCAAGAUUCAUCCGCACCAGAGUGGCAAGGUGGCGUUCGUGCAUGACAACGCGGGCCGACUCGAGACGGUGCUGGCUGGCCUUUCCUCGACUCAGUACACCUACCAGGAGAGCACGAGCCUCGUGAAGCAGGUGGAAGUGCUCGAGCCCGGCUUUGAGUUGCGCCGAGAGUUCAAGUACCACGCAGGUGUCCUGAAGGACGAGAAGCUUAAGUUCGGCUCGAAGAGUGGACUGGCGUCGGCACACUUCAAGUACCAGUACGAUGGAAACGCGCGGCUCAGCGGCAUCGAGAUGGACGUGAACGGGAAGGACCUACCGAUUAUGCGGUUCAAGUAUGGCCCGGCCCAGGGAACGCUGGAUGCGGUCAGUGAUCUGCGGAUCACGCGGAACGCGUUCAACCGCACGGUGGUGCAGGACACCUCGAAGCAGUUCUUCACGAUCACCGACUUUGACGAGCAUGGACGCGUGAAGAGUGUUCUGAUCAACAUCAAGUCGUUCGACGUGUACCGGCUGGAGUUGGACUACGAUCUGCGUAAUCGCAUCAAGACGCACAAGGUGAUGGUGGGUCGAUCGACCUCGCUGGACAAGGUGAACUACAACGCCGAUGGGCACGUGAUGGAGGUCGUUGGGACGAACAGCUGGAAGUACGUGUACGAUGAGAAUGGCAACAUCAUCGGCAUUCUCGAGCAGGGCGACAAGACGAACCUCGGGUAUGACACAGGGGAUCGGGUGGUGCAGGUCGGGGACGUCGAGUUUAACAGCUACGACGCGCGUGGGUACGUGGUGCGACGCGGUGAGCAGAAGUACCGGUACAACAACCGUGGCCAGCUGAUUCACGCGAUGGAACGUGAUCGGUUCCAGACGUGGUACUUCUACGACGAUCUUGGCCGACUAGUGGCGUGCCACGACGAGAAGGGUAACGUGACGCAGUACUUCUACGCGAACUUGAAUGCCCCGGAACUGAUCACGCACAUCCACUACCCGAAGGCGGGUCGAACGUCCCGCUUGCUGUACGACGAUCGACAUAUGCUGAUCGCGAUCGAAACCGGCGAGCAGCGGUACUACGUGGCGACCGACCAGAACGGGUCCCCGAUCGCACUGUUCGACGUGGGUGGCACGAUCGUGAAGGAGAUCCGCCGCACCCCGUUCGGGAAGAUCGUGAAGGACACCAACCCGACGCUGUUCGUGCCGAUCGACUUCCACGGCGGUCUGCUCGAUCCGAACACGCGGCUCGUGUACAUGGAGCGGCGCCUGUACGACACCGGCGUUGGCCAGUGGAUGACCCCGGCCUGGGAGCAACUGGCGACGGAGAUGCGUCACCCGACGGAUGUGUUCAUCUAUCGCUUCCACAACAACGACCCGGUGAACCGGCGCGAACCGGAGGGCAACUACAUGAACGACCUGCGCUCGUGGCUCAAGCUGUUCGGGUACGACGUGGCGAAGAUGCAGGGCUCGCGGUACACCAAGGACAUGAUCUACCGGCCGGCGGCGACCAUCAAGUCGCCCCAGCUGGCGCCCGACUUCGGCGUCAUGUCCGGGCUGCAGUGCAUCGUCGAGAAGGUGGACGAGCGGUUCGCCGACUUCGGCUUCAUCCCGAAGCCGCUGCUCAAGAUGGAGCUGAAGACGCGCAACCUGCUGCCGCGGGUCGCCUACCGGCGCGGGGUGUUCGGCGAGGGUGUGCUGAUAUCGCGCAUCGACGGUCGGGCGCUCGUGAGCGUCGUCGAUGGGUCGAACAGCGUCGUCCAGGACGUCGUCUCGUCCGUGUUCAACAACUCGUACUUCCUCGAUCUGCACUUCAGCAUCCACGACCAGGACGUGUUCUACUUCGUGAAGGAUAACAUCAUGAAGCUGCGCGACGACACGGAGGAGCUGCGCCGGCUCGGUGGCAUGUUCAACAUCUCGACGCACGAAAUCAACGAUCACGGAGGGGCGAUCAAUGGCAAGGAGCUGCGCCUGCACGGACCGGACGCGGUCGUCAUCAUCAAGUACGGCGUCGAGCCGGAACAGGAGCGUCACCGGAUACUGAAGCAUGCGCACAAGCGUGCCGUCGAGCGGGCUUGGGAGUUGGAGAAGCAACUCGUGGCCGCCGGGUUCCAGGGUCGCGGCGAUUGGACGGAGGAGGAAAAGGAGGAACUGAUCUCGCACGGUGACGUCGACGGGUGGAUCGGGGUGGACAUCCACAGCAUCCACAAGUACCCGCAGCUGGCGGACGACCCGGGCAAUGUGGCGUUCCAGCGCGACUCCAAGCGUAAGCGCCGAAAGAGUGGAGGCUCUUCGGCCGGAGGUCACAAGGCGAAGCGGGAACACCGACACGAGACGCUCAUACCGCCACUCCCGGUGGUCGCCUCGGUGGCACCGUCUGUGCCCACCUCCUCGGUGUCUUCCGCGCCAUCGUCCUCGACUGCCGCCGCCGCAUCCUCUUCAACGUCUUCUGCGUCAUCGGUGGCGGCCUCUCCGUCGACCUCGAUCCCAACCGCAGCAGCGUCGUCCUCUUCGGUGGCCUCCGUCACCUCCACCGCACGUCCCAGUGUCGCGACGUGA